AUGUUGUCAAUAAGAAAGAGUAACAUAUAUGAUUUGCUUGCAAUGCAAAAAUGUAAUAGUGUUAAUUUGCCAGAAAAUUAUAACAUGAGAUAUUAUUUUUAUCAUGAUAUAUCAUGGCCUUCUUUAAGCCAAUUAGCUGAAGACUAUGAUGGAAAAAUUUGUGGAUACACUUUAGGGAAACUUGAGGAAGAAGAUGAAAAAAAAGGGCAUUUAACGUCUGUUGCAGUUUUAAAAACGUGUAGAAAACAAAAACUAGCUUAUUAUUUAAUAACACAGACGCAUGAAUUCAUUAGUAAAGUAUACAAUGUAAAUAAUAUAUGUUUACAUGUAAGAGUAAGUAAUAGUGCUGCUUUAAAUCUAUAUUUUAACCUGCUAAAUUACAAAAUUAAAGGAAUAGAACACCUAUAUUAUGGUAAUAAAGAAGAUGCGUAUCAAAUGGAGCAUAUAUUUGUUAAAUAA